UCUCUCUCUUCCAACCCAGACCCCAACUCAUCCCUAUCCUUGUCUCUCGCUUUCCUCUCGCAUCGCAAAUUCUCUCUCACUAGAACCCUUCUCUCAAUCCGCCGGCGAUGAAGCGACCGGUGGACUCGUCCUCCUCCGAUCCGGCCUCUGUCGACGACGACGCCAAAACCAACAAGAAGGUCAAGCCGGACGAGCCGGAUCCGGACCAGGUACCCGACAACACCUCCUCCUCCUCCGCGUCUGUCCUGACCGACGAGGACCUGCUGCACGAGGUGCUGAAGCACGCCGACGCGCGCACGGUGGCCACGUCGGCGUGCGUGAACAGGCAGUGGCGCAGGACGGCGAGCGACGAGCGGCUCUGGGAGCUGAUCUGCGGGAGGCACUGGGCCCACAUCGGGUCCGGAUCCUCGGGUGGAUCGACCCACCAGCUCCGGUCCGUCGUCCUCGCCCUCGGCGGGUUCCGCCGCCUCCACUCGCUCUCCGUCCUGCCCCUCUCCAAACCUGCUGCGUCCUCCUCCGCCGCCGCGACGUCGGCGUGGCCGUGCCUCCCGCUUCCGGCGCCGGUGGUGCCGGCGAGAUCGGCGGCGGGGAAGAGUCGGUGGGGGAAGGAUGAGAUGCACCUGUCGCUGUCGCUUCUGUCGAUUCGGUACUACGAGAAGAUGAACUUCAAUAAUCGUGGGAAAUGAGUUGAAUUAACUAAAAGUUUGUCGAUUGGGUUUCUUGUUUUGUUGUUGUUGUUGUUGUUGCUGCAGUAGUAUUGUUAUGUGGCGAGUGUAUCGAUUGGAUCUGUAUCCGAAGUGUAUGUCGAUUGAUUUUUUCUUGAUCUAUGUUCUUUUCUUUGGGUU